CAGAUACAGCAAAAGUUUUUUGCUGAGUUUUUUUCGCAUUUAAUUGGAUAAAAACAAACCGAACCGCCAAAUAAUCGCUAAAUAAAUAGUAAAAACCCAAAGACACAAAAUGGCAAUUGCCGAGCACGACAACGUCUUCAUCUUUGUGCCAAAUUUGAUCGGCUAUGCCCGCAUCAUUCUGGCCCUGAUCGCGUUCUGGUUCAUGUCCACCAACUAUGUGAUCUCCGGCUGGUGUUAUGUAACCUCCGCCCUGCUGGACGCCGUCGAUGGACACGCCGCCCGGGCCUUUAACCAAAGCACUCGUUUUGGAGCCAUGCUGGACCAGUUGACCGACCGCUGCGGAACCACCGGCCUCUUGGUAACUUUGGCCUACUUCUAUCCUCGCUACAUGUUCUGGUUCCAGCUGUCCAUCGCCAUCGAUGUGGCCUGUCACUGGCUCUUUAUGCAAACGAGCGUUGUGGUUGGACGCAGCUCGCACAAGGUGAAUGAGAACUUCAUCAUGCGCCUGUACUACCAGAAGGACAUUCUCACCUUCAUGUGCUGCGUCAACGAGCUGUUCUACGUGUGCUUGUACCUCUUGCAUUUCACCUACGGCCCGCUGAUAUUCGGCGCCUCGCUCUUCAAGAUACUCGCCUUCCUCACGGGACCCUUUGCCGUGCUGAAGGCCCUGAUCUCGGUGAUGCAUGCCUACGUGGCGGGCAUCGAUCUGGCCGCCGUGGAUGUGCGCGAGCGCCAGGAGAAGCGCCAGAAGUCGGAGCCGUUGGCCGGCAAGAAAGUGGAGUAAAUCGGUUCCGGUCCAGAAGCUUCCAGCACCAAUUCUAACAACAAAAAAGUACUAAAGCGAAACAAACUCUUGAUUCCAAGCAAAAAGAAAAGAUGAAAAAACCAAAUUUUGAAGGCGAAGAGCGAUCAGAAUAAUUAUGGGCAUUAGGCAACCAAAUAGGCCGUAGUAGAAUUUAAAUUAUUUUUACGCGCUAUUGCAAGAUUGUUGAUUUUAUUUCUUAUUUUAAGUUAGACGGGUGGCGAAACCACCCGACAAUUUGUAUUUAAAAUGAUAUUUGAAUUGAAAUUGAAAUUCAAGCGAUUCGUUCCAGUCAGUAGCUGUUGCAUAUUUAUUUUGCCUUUAGUUAAACGUAAUUUACAAUUUCUGUGACGCUUACACAACCAAUAUAUAUGUAUAUAUUUAUA